AUGAAAUUCAAAGUGAAUAAACCUUUGGUGCCUAUGAAGGCCCAUUACUUUUUGUUGAACGCUGGCACAGGUCCAGUGGUCCCCUACCUAUCUAUAUAUGCCAGACAAUUGGGCUUUAGUAGUGUAGUUGUAGGAUUAAUUUACACAAUAUUACCAGUAUUCGGUAUGAUAGUCAAGCCAACCGUCGGAGCUAUAUCCGACAGAUUUCAUUGCCAGAAAACAAUAUUUUUAAUAGCUCAAUUAUUAACCGCAGUAGCCUUUUUGUCGAUAUUUUAUGCCCCAAAAGUGCCCAUACAAAGUCUGGCCAGUUAUUCUUGUUUAGGCACUGAGUCGAUGUUUUCUAAUGUAGCUGGAGUCACGAUAGAUAGCAAAUUGGUGGAGAAAAUUCAAAAUCAGAAAGCUACAACCAGCUGUGAGCUCGUUUGCCAAAUGUCCUCCAACGAUUUGAACAUUAUUUGUUCCGAAUGGAAUCUCACCCAAUACUGUGGCAACAGUCUAUCUUCACAGCUUCAAUCAGUAAAUUUCACAGCUAUGGUACCAUUAGCAGAAACCAAUUUAUUCAAGAACACCACUUUUAUAGAUGGCCAAAAUGUAACAAACCAAAGGGCAGAAUUUAUGGCAACUAGUAUAAACGACAAUGGCAGAAUUUUUACUCCAUCAUGCUCACUUCCUAUAAGAACCACCUGUAAUAUUGCCUGUGAUAAAAAGGAUAUCGAGUCACUACUACUAAGAACCGAGAUUCCAGACUCUGAAGCCUAUAGUACUUAUCAAUUUUGGGUGUUUUUGUUGCUAAUGAUUGUGGCUUGGUGCGGACAAGCAGCAGCGGUCAGUCUAGGCGAUGCUAUUUGUUUUGAACUGUUAGGUGACAAACCUAAUAGAUACGGCUACCAAAGAAUGUACGGGGCACUCGGUUGGGGCCUUCUGUCAUUGUUAACCGGAGUACUAGUAGAUGUGUUGAGUAAAAAUAAGGCUCAGCCAGACUAUACUAUUUGCUUUUAUAUGGCUGCUGCGUUUUUGGUUGUAGAUUUUAUUGUUUCUAGUAGAAUACAGUACUCUCAAUCAAAAUUAUCCACAAGCAUCCUUAAAGAUGUGGGAAAACUUCUACUAAACAUCCGCAUAAUCGUUUUUUUGCUGUGGUGUAUUUGCGUGGGAAUGUGUACAGGAUUGGUCUGGCAAUUUCUACUAUGGCUAGUUCAAGAUUUGGCAACAGCUCAAGGCCAAACGAGGAUAAAAACUUUGCAGGGCAUCAUUAUGGGCGUACAAUGCCUGGGAGGCGAACUGCCCUUUUUCUUUUUGUCUGGGAAGAUUUUAAAGAAAAUCGGACAUAUUUCUGCUAUGUCUUUGGUAUUGUUUGCCAUUGGCGUACGUUUUGUGCUCUAUUCGGUCAUAGAUAACCCUUGGUAUUUUAUACCUAUUGAGUUCAGUAACGGAUUGACGUUUGGGCUGUUUUACGCUUGCAUGGCUUCGUAUGCUAGUAUUGUGGCUCCUGCUGGAACUGAAGCUACAAUGCAGGGUAUGGUUGGUGCAGUGUUCGAAGGAGUCGGCGUAUCCCUAGGUAGUCUUCUAGCUGGAUUAGCUCAGUCGAAAGUCUCUGGUUCUCUGACGUUCCGGUACUUUGGUUUCGGAGCGCUGGCAGCCAGCGUACUUCACUUGAUUGUACAGUAUUUUUUAAAAGCUCAAGAUUCACCAGUGGUGGACAGGAGAAAAUCGUUUGAAAAAGUCAAAUGGGACAAUCGGCAAGAACAAACAUCCGAGGAUCCAUUAAUUAAGAGAUAA